CAGUGUGUGCGAUGUACUUAAAAGACCACCAGUGACGGUCCAUGGUGCCCAGGUUUACACAAUGCCUGCACUCAAACUUGACUCCGACGGUAGCGAGCUCACCUACACGGACAGCGGUGUGCCUCGCUCGGCAUUAGGUGCACCGUACAUCACAGUCUUCGCCCAUGCACAUUCCGCCAACUUGCGCAUUGUCGCGAUCAAUCGACGUGGAUUUGGGGGGUCCACACCGGUAUCUGAGCAGUCGGCGAAACUGCUUAUCACUGGUACCGAUGCGGAGAAGCUCAAGGUCUCUGACCAACUCUGCAGCGAGAUCGGGUAUUUCGUGGAUGCUUUCGUGCAAAGGGAAGACAUACCACCCAUCUCGAGUGAUCGCCAGGGCGGCGGGCUUGCCCUCCUAGGCUGGUCCCUAGGCACACGCUAUGUCACUCGGGCCAUUGCCGACAUUGGCAGCUACCCACCCGAGAUACGAGCACGUCUCGCUCGGUACGUGCGUGCUCUCAUCAUAGAGGACCCGCCGUCAGUCGCUCUCGGUUAUUCGCUCCCAGCAGAGUCCUGGAUGUACAGCAACAUCCCUUCGGUCCCUGAGCAGAAGCGCGAUCAGCUAUACCUCCAGUGGUUCACAGCUUACUUCGACCAUGGCGACCUGUCCACGCGCGACAAGAGCGUCAUCGAAUAUAUCGUCCCGUCCAGCUCGCGCGCACCUACAAUCUACAAUAUGUCCGCGGAUGAGCGUGCUGCAAUGAUUGAGCCCGUGAAGGAGUUGCCGCUCCUGCGUGGCAUGUUCGCUUCUUCGCUGCCGGCAUUCCGCAAGGCGUGUUUCGAUCGCGACGUUCGCUCGCUGUUGCCGGAGAUGAAAAUAUGGCAUUUGGGCUGCGACGCAGCGCCGUCGUUUGGCAUUUCAGCGUACUUCGACAUCCUGGCGGACCACGAGGCCAACGGAGGCGGGCUGAUCAACUUUAGGAUGAUCCCGGGCGGGAAUCACUUUCCACAUUGGGACGAUCCUCAGAAAACGUUGCAAGCGAUUGUUGAAGCCGUACAGUAGACGUACAGACUGUCUGUACUAAUCGAAAUGGCAUAUACAUAGAGAUACCGUAGACGUGACGGAACCAAGUAGUGGUGCCCGCUCACGAGCCGAUCGAGGAUUCAAUCACAUCAGGCAGGGUCAAGGGAAGAUUUUGUAGAAAUGUACGCACGAUGGUAUAAUGUGUCGAAUGCCCUGCCGUCAGCAAGCCCACG